GAACACUGUUCUCAAGUGAACUGACCCGUGUAACUCUCAUCUGCAUCAAGGAACAGAACAUUUCUAGCACUUCCAGAGCCUCUGCCCCACCAUGCUUCCUUCCUUUUCCUAUUCCCCCUUCAAGGAUAAUUACUACCUUGGCUUCUAACAUCAUCAAUUAAUUUUAUUUUUGAACAUUAUUUAAGUAGGUGCAUACAGUAUAUACUCUUUCAUAUUUGAUAUUUUUGCUCAAUGUUAAGUUUGGGAAAUUCCAUUCCUCUGUGGUAGCAGUUCACUUUUCUUUCUUUUUCUCUUUCUUCCUUUUUCUCUUUCUUUCUUUCUUUCUUUCUUUCUUUCUUUCUUUCUUUCUUUCUUUCUUUCUUUCUUUCUUUCUUUCUUUCUUUCUUUCUUUCUUUCUUUCUUUCUUUCUUUCUUUCUUUCUUUCUUUCUUUCUUUCUUUCUUUCUUUCUUUCUUUCUUUCUUUCUUUCUUUCUUUCUUUCUUUCUUUCUUUCUUUCUUUCUUUCUUCUUUCUUCCUUUCUUCCUUUCUUCCUUUCUUCCUUUCUUCCUUUCUUCCUUCCUUCCUUCCUUCCUUCCUUCCUUCCUUCCUUCCUUCCUUCCUUCCUUUCUUUCUUUUUCUUUCUCUCUCUCUCUCUCUUCCCUUCCUUCCUUCCUUCCUUCCUUCCUUCCUUCCUUCCUUCCUUCCUUCCUUCCUUCCUUCCUUCCUUCCUUCCUUCCUUUCUCUCUCCCUCUCUUUCUUUCUUACCUGUGAUUUAGGGGGAAAAAAAGAUUCAGAUUGUGUCUGUAGAUUCUUAGACUGGAUUUCUGUGAUUUCAAAAUAACUUUUCAUAUAUUCGAUUUCACUUGUAAAUUAGUUGAUUUAACUUCUUAAAUUCAUGUAAUUGGAUGAAGCAACGAGUUGAACAUCUCCAUGACAAUCCUCCAUCCACUCAUACCAACUUUCCUUUUUGAGUAGAAUUUUUAUCUUAGUAAUGCAUGAAAACCCGGACACAUGAAUGCUAGUAAGAGUUAGAAUCCCUAAAAACUAGGUGAAAUUGAGAAAUCGAGCCCCUACAGUUGUUUGAUUGACCUCUCUUUCUUUCCUAUUCAGGUAACUGAAGAUAAAGGCCCUUCCAAAGCCAAUGAAUGAGACUAAUUAUUCUCAGGUGACCGAAUUUGUGUUACUGGGACUCUCUAGUUCUCAGGAGCUCCAACCUUUUUUGUUUGUCAUAUUUUCUCUACUCUACAUAGCUGUCUUGCUAGGCAACUUUCUCAUCAUCCUCACAGUGACCUCAGAUGCUCACCUUCAUACCCCCAUGUACUUUCUCCUUGCAAACCUGUCUUUUGUAGAUAUAUGUGUGGCCUCUUUUGCUACACCAAAAAUGAUUGCAGACUUACUGGUAGGGCGAAAGACUAUUUCUUUUGAUGCUUGCCUGGCCCAGAUUUUCUUUGUUCAUCUCUUCACGGGCAGUGAGAUGGUGCUCCUUGUAUCCAUGGCCUAUGACCGUUAUGUUGCUAUAUGUAAGCCUCUCCACUAUAUGACAAUCAUGAGCCGCUGUACGUGUAUUGUUCUGGUUCUCAUCUCCUGGUGUGUUGGCUUCAUCCAUACUACUAGUCAGCUGGCUUUUACUGUUAACUUACCUUUUUGUGGUCCUAAUGAGGUAGAUAGUUUCUUCUGUGACCUCCCUUUAGUGACCAAGCUAGCCUGCAUUGACACUUAUGUUGUAAGCCUACUGAUAGUAGCAGACAGUGGCUUUCUUUCUAUGAGUUCCUUCCUCCUCUUGGUGGUCUCCUACACGGUGAUACUGAUCACAGUGAGAAACCGCUCCUCUGCUAGCAUGGCAAAGGCCCGCUCCACGCUGACUGCCCACAUCACUGUGGUCACGUUGUUCUUUGGACCAUGCAUUUUCAUCUAUGUGUGGCCCUUCAGCAGUUAUUCAGUGGAUAAAGUUCUUGCUGUGUUCUAUACUAUCUUUACUCCCAUCUUAAACCCAGUUAUCUACACUCUAAGGAACAAAGAGGUGAAGGCAGCUAUGUCAAAACUGAAGAGCCCGUAUCUGAAGCCUGGCCAGGUUUCUGCGGUCGUAAUAAACGUUCUUUUCCUGGGAACCAAGUAAAGCUACAGGACUAUUACCACUUUAGUCUUGUCUCUGGACUGUUAUAAAUGGAAUCAUUGUGAUGUUAAAGCAAAUCACUUUAACCAGUGGAAAGAGUGGGU